AUGACGACCACUUACCUUGACAUUUCAGAAGUUGAUGGCUAUGACUAUCUUAUUGUGGGAGGUGGCACAGCGGGCUGUGUCAUUGCCUCGCGCCUGGCUGAAUACCUGCCAAAUAAAAAGAUCCUUUUGAUAGAGGCUGGUCCCAGCGAUUUCAUGGAUGACCGAGUCCUAGAUCUCAAGCAAUGGCUCAGCCUUCUGGGAGGAGAACUUGACUACGAUUACGGAACCACCGAGCAACCAAUGGGAAACUCACAUAUCCGACAUUCUCGAGCCAAAGUCCUCGGUGGUUGCUCCAGUCAUAAUACACUGAUCUCUUUCCGCCCAUUCGAAUAUGACUGCCAGAUCUGGGAAUCCAUGGGUGCCAAAGGUUGGAACUUCCCUACUUUCAUGCGGGUUUUGAAUAAACUCCGCAACACCGUCCAACCGGUGCACGCGCGGCAUCGCAACCAGCUGUGCAAAGACUGGGUCGAGUCAUGCAGCACGGCGAUGAACAUCCCUGUCGUCCAUGAUUUCAACAAGCAAAUCGCCACGACAGGGUCCCUCAAGGAAUGCGUGGGAUUUUUCUCCGUCAGCUACAACCCAGACGACGGCCGAAGAUCGAGCGCCAGCGUGGCUUAUAUCCAUCCUAUCCUACGAGGCGACGAACACAGACCCAAUCUCAAGAUCCUGACCAACGCGUGGGUGUCUAAGAUCAAUGUUCACCACAACACCGUCACCGGCGUGAAUGUGACACUCCAAUCGGGGACACGCUUAACUCUCCAAGCACGCACUGAAACGAUCCUUUGCGCCGGCGCCGUCGAUACACCUCGUCUGAUGCUUCUCUCGGGCCUGGGUCCUGCGCAACAGCUCUCCUCCCUCUCCAUCCCGGUGGUGAAAAAUAUCCCCGGUGUUGGCGAAAACCUGCUCGACCAUCCCGAAUCGAUCAUCAUCUGGGAACUCAACACUCCCGUCCCGCCGAAUCAAACAACUAUGGACUCGGACGCCGGUAUCUUCCUACGCCGCGAACGGGUAAACGCCGCAGGCCAAAAAAGCAUUCCGACGAACCCCUCCGCCUUGCCCGACGGUGAUAUCGCCGACGUCAUGAUGCACUGCUACCAGAUCCCAUUCUGCCUAAACACGGCUCGACUAGGCUACGACACUCCCAUCGACGCCUUCUGCAUGACCCCCAACAUCCCCCGUCCCCGAUCCCGUGGUCGCCUCUACCUGACCUCGGCGGACCCGACCGUCAAACCGGCCCUGGACUUCCGCUAUUUUACUGACCCCGAGGGCUACGACGCGGCGACGCUCGUCUUCGGCCUCCGUGCCGCCCGCAAGGUCGCACAACAAGAACCCUUCAAGUCGUGGAUCAAGCGCGAAGUUGCACCAGGUCCGGCGCUCCAGACCGAUGAAGAACUCAGCGAAUACGCCCGCCGCGUGGCGCACACCGUGUACCAUCCAGCCGGAACGACGAAGAUGGGCGACGUCAAAAACGACCCGCUUGCUGUCGUCGACGAGAAGCUCCGCGUACGCGGCCUGGAGGGUCUCCGGAUUGCGGACGCAGGUGUCUUCCCUGUCAUGACCACUAUUAACCCCAUGCUCACGGUUUUGGGUGUCGGAGAGCGCUGUGCUGAGUUGGUUGCUCUCGAGGCUGGGUGGAAAGGUCUAAACGGUGUUAAAGGGGAGCCGGUCAGAGCCAUGUUGUGA